GAACAUUGUGGAGGAGGUGGUCAACGGAAAGGUCAAGCAGGAGAUGGAGGCGCACUACGUGCAGCAGCAACCGCAGGAAGUAGCCCAGAACGACAGUGACGAGGAGUCGAGGGACUUACAGGUUAUCGCGGGGGGCUUGAAGGAUGAGGAGGAGCAGGAGGGCACCAUUAAGCAGGUGCGGGAGGUCGUCAGGAGCGCAGAAUCGGUGUUGUGCAAUGCGCAAUUCCGGUCUACUGCGGCCAAGUUCGGCUUCUUGAACAAGAUCAACAGCAUGGGCGCGCAGUGGGAGAACAGUGACACAAUUAAGUUCACAUGCAACGACACUUUCGAGAAACUGGACUUGGACAAGCAUUUGGGGCAUGACAAGGGGAGGUUGCACGAAAACGAUGGGCAUGACCUGAAGGAUAUCAACAUCAAGUGGAAAGGGCAGGCGGUGGAGCUCCAGGGAAAAACAGUAGCAUGGAUGGAUAACGGCACCAUGAAGUACAAGGGCGCGGGUCUCGCGGUGCAUCGCGCGACCGAGGAAUUCAUGGAGGAUGGGAGGGGCAGCCGGAGCCCG